GGACAGAGGAGCAGAAAUAUAACACAGGAGUUCAUGCUUUUGGUUUAGUUUUUUGAUUUAUUUAAGUUUUUUUUCGUCCCUUAUGUCAUUGCCGUUUACCUGUCAUGGCCGGUUGUGUGUCAGGUCUCGGGUUAUUGUGUGUUUUGUGUUCGGCGGCGGUGUGGACGAGCUCUGUCCUGGCCGGGCGCAGUGAUGUGAUGGAGCUGAAGGAUCUGGAUUUUGACUACGUCGCCGCCGAGCAGGAGACCAUGCUGGUCAAGUUUUAUGCUCCAUGGUGUGGCCACUGUAAGAAACUCGCUCCUGAGUUUGAAGCUGCUGCUAGAAGACUUAAAGGCAUCGUGACUUUAGCCAAGGUGGACUGUACGUCAAACACGGAGGUUUGUGGCCGGUUUGGGGUCACCGGAUACCCUACUCUUAAAAUAUUUAAGAACGGAGCGGAAACAUCAACUUACGACGGUCCUCGUUCAUCAGAUGGAAUGGUGGAGCACAUGAAGAAGCAGGCAGGGCCCGACUCCAGGCUGCUGAACAGUGAGAAAGACCUGGAGGCCUUCGUCAACCACUUUGAUCCGAGUGUAAUUGGAGUGUUUGAGAGCAGCGACAGUCCUCGGCUGGCAGAGUUUCUCAAAGGCGCCAACCUGAUGCGGGACAGUUUCCGCUUCGCUCACACCACCGACAUGCAGCUCGGCCUCAAAUACCAGCUCAAGUCAGAGGGCAUCCUGCUGUUCAGGCCUCCCAGGUUGGCCAGUAAGUUUGAGGACAGCGUGAUCCAGCAUGGAGGCUCGUUUUCCAUCACCGGUUUACGGCGUUUUAUCAGAGACAACAUAUUUGGAAUCUGCCCGCACCUGACCAAAGAAAAUAAAGAGCAGCUGAGGAAGCGAAACCUCCUGACGGCGUACUAUGACCUGGAUUAUGUGCACAACCCCAAAGGCUCCAAUUACUGGAGGAACAGACUGUUAAAGGUGGCAUCUCAGUACAAGGACCGCGGCCUGCACUUCUCCGUGGCUGACCGGCGAGACUUUACCGACGAGCUUGAAGAAGAGUACGGUCUGGGCACGACGGAAGGGAACGACGUGCCGUUCGUCACCAUCAGGACCAGACUGGGACACAAAUACACCAUGCGCGAGGAGUUUACACGGGAUGGAAAGUCUUUGGAGAGGUUUUUAGAGGAUUAUUUCGCUGACAGACUGAAGCGUUACGUGAAAUCAGAGCCUGUACCUGCUAACAACAACGGACCAGUCAAGGUUGUCGUUGCAGACACGUUCGAGGAGAUUGUGAACGAUCCAGAGAAAGACGUGCUGAUUGAGUUUUACGCUCCUUGGUGCGGCCACUGCAAGAAACUCGAACCGAAGUACACAGAGCUUGGACAGAAGCUUUCCAAUGAUCCCAAUAUUGUGAUCGCUAAAAUGGACGCCACGGCCAACGAUGUCCCGCAAGGCUACGAUGUGGAAGGAUUUCCCACAAUAUAUUUCGCACCUGCUUUGAGGAAGGAUGAACCGAAACGAUAUGAGGGGGGCCGUGAAGUGAAGGACUUCCUCAGCUUCCUUAAACGGGAAGCGACCAACCCCAUGAUGCUUCAGGGAGCGAAAGAAGAACUGUGAUGUAUGCUGGGUCCGUUUUAUCCGUCUCAUUUGUCUGGUUGUGCUAUAAUGAAGGUCACGCGGGUCCUCCAGAUGUUCAGACGUUGGAAUCAGGGGUAAGAAAGACGUGAGAGACACACGAGAGAUCUUCUGACGGUAGAAAGGAGCAUGAGACAAGGAGCAACAUCUGGUAUUUCAUAUUUAAGUUCUCGGUUUAGACGUGUGUGCUGGCCUGGGAAAAGCCUUUAUAUGCUGAAAUAUGACUUUUCUCUGCUACAUAAAGUUCUGAACCAGAAUGUAUUUUACGGGGUUUCUAACUACAAGUAAAGUAACGACGCACCCGGAUGAGGGAAAUGAUAAUCAACUAGUACAAGGCACUAAAGUUACUAAAUAUUAAUUUACUAAAUUAUAACUCACAGU